GGAUCCCCGAGUACUGUCCGCUGUUAAUCCGACCUUUAAGUUUAACGCGGCGUCUUCAUUCUUGUUCCCUAAAUAAUGGCAACGCCCAGGCUUUGAGUUAUUAGCAGAGGGAGGCUGCGGGCAAAGUGGCAGGAGUGGCCGGAGUCGCCGAAGUCGCAGUAGUCGGUCCCUUAGGAUGUCAGAGGGGGAAGGACACAGAAGGCUCAGUUUUCACCCCAAAAGACCCUGGAUCCUGACCAGUUUACACAAUGGGGUCAUCCAGUUAUGGGACUACCGGAUGUGUACCCUUAUUGACAAGUUUGAUGAACAUGAUGGUCCAGUACGAGGGAUUGACUUCCAUAAGCAGCAGCCAUUGUUUGUCUCUGGAGGAGAUGACUAUAAGAUUAAGGUGUGGAAUUACAAGCUGCGGCGCUGUCUCUUCACAUUGCUUGGGCAUUUAGACUACAUUCGCACCACAUUUUUUCAUCAUGAAUAUCCCUGGAUUCUGAGCGCCUCGGAUGAUCAGACCAUCAGGGUGUGGAACUGGCAGUCUAGAACCUGUGUCUGUGUGUUAACGGGACACAACCAUUAUGUAAUGUGUGCUCAGUUUCACCCCUCGGAAGACCUGGUUGUGUCAGCCAGCCUGGACCAGACUGUGCGCGUUUGGGAUAUUUCUGGUCUAAGGAAAAAAAACUUGUCCCCUGGUGCAGUGGAGUCCGACGUGAGAGGAAUAACUGGGGUUGAUCUAUUUGGAACGACAGAUGCAGUGGUGAAGCACGUGCUGGAGGGUCAUGAUCGUGGAGUAAACUGGGCUGCCUUUCACCCGACUAUGCCCCUUAUUGUCUCUGGAGCAGAUGACCGUCAGGUGAAGAUCUGGCGCAUGAAUGAGUCAAAGGCGUGGGAGGUUGACACCUGCCGUGGUCAUUACAACAAUGUAUCUUGUGCUGUCUUCCACCCUCGCCAAGAGCUGAUCCUCAGCAAUUCUGAGGACAAGAGUAUCCGAGUCUGGGAUAUGUCCAAGCGGACUGGGGUUCAGACCUUCCGCAGGGACCACGAUCGUUUCUGGGUCCUGGCUGCCCACCCUAAUCUGAACCUUUUUGCGGCAGGCCAUGAUGGUGGCAUGAUCGUGUUUAAACUAGAACGGGAACGGCCAGCCUAUGCUGUUCAUGGCAAUAUGCUACAUUAUGUCAAAGACCGAUUCUUACGUCAGUUGGAUUUCAACAGCUCCAAAGAUGUAGCUGUGAUGCAGUUGCGGAGUGGUUCCAAGUUUCCAGUGUUCAAUAUGUCAUACAAUCCAGCAGAAAAUGCAGUCCUAUUGUGUACGAGAGCCAGCAAUUUAGAGAACAGUACCUAUGACCUGUACACCAUCCCCAAGGAUGCAGACUCACAGAAUCCUGAUGCUCCUGAAGGGAAACGAUCUUCAGGCCUGACAGCCGUUUGGGUUGCUAGAAAUCGGUUUGCUGUCCUAGAUCGGAUGCAUUCGCUUCUGAUCAAGAAUCUGAAGAAUGAGAUCACCAAAAAGGUACAGGUGCCCAACUGUGAUGAGAUCUUUUACGCUGGCACAGGCAAUCUCCUACUUCGAGACGCAGAAUCCAUCACGCUGUUUGAUGUACAACAGAAGCGAACUCUGGCCUCUGUGAAGAUUUCCAAGGUGAAAUAUGUUAUCUGGUCUGCAGACAUGUCCCAUGUAGCACUACUGGCCAAACAUGAGCACUCAUGCCCUUUGCCUCUUACAGCCAUUGUGAUCUGUAACCGCAAACUGGAGGCUCUGUGUAACAUUCAUGAGAACAUUCGCGUCAAGAGUGGGGCCUGGGAUGAGAGUGGGGUAUUUAUCUAUACCACAAGCAACCACAUCAAAUAUGCCGUCACCACCGGGGACUAUGGAAUCAUCCGAACCCUGGAUUUACCAAUCUAUGUUACGCGGGUGAAGGGCAACAAUGUGUAUUGCCUGGACCGGGAAUGUCGUCCUCGAGUGCUCACCAUUGAUCCCACUGAGUUCAAGUUCAAGCUGGCCCUGAUCAACAGAAAAUAUGAUGAGGUACUGCACAUGGUGAGGAAUGCCAAACUAGUAGGCCAGUCUAUCAUUGCUUACCUGCAGAAGAAGGGCUACCCGGAAGUGGCACUGCAUUUCGUCAAGGAUGAGAAAACUCGCUUUAGUCUGGCACUCGAAUGUGGAAAUAUUGAGAUUGCUCUGGAAGCAGCCAAAGCACUGGAUGACAAGAACUGCUGGGAAAAGCUAGGAGAAGUGGCCUUGCUACAGGGGAACCACCAGAUUGUAGAAAUGUGUUAUCAGCGCACCAAGAACUUUGACAAACUUUCUUUCUUGUACCUCAUCACUGGCAACCUAGAGAAACUUCGCAAGAUGAUGAAGAUUGCUGAAAUCCGAAAGGACAUGAGUGGCCAUUAUCAGAACGCCCUCUACCUGGGGGACGUGUCUGAGCGGGUGCGGAUCCUGAAGAACUGUGGGCAGAAGUCACUGGCCUAUCUCACAGCUGCCACUCACGGCUUAGAUGAAGAAGCUGAGAGCCUGAAGGAGACAUUUGACCCAGAGAAAGAGACGAUCCCAGACAUUGAUCCUAAUGCCAAGCUGCUCCAGCCACCUGCACCUAUCAUGCCAUUGGAUACCAAUUGGCCCUUACUGACUGUAUCUAAAGGCUUCUUUGAAGGCUCCAUUGCCAGCAAGGGCAAGGGAGGAGCACUGGCGGCUGACAUUGACAUAGACACUGUUGGCACCGAGGGUUGGGGAGAGGAUGCGGAGCUGCAGCUGGAUGAAGACGGGUUUGUGGAAGCUACAGAAGGUCUGGGGGACGAUGCUCUUGGCAAGGGACAGGAAGAAGGAGGCGGCUGGGAUGUCGAAGAGGACCUGGAGCUCCCUCCUGAGCUGGAUAUACCCCCUGGGGCAGCUGGGGGUGCUGAGGAUGGGUUCUUUGUACCCCCCACCAAGGGAACCAGCCCAGCUCAGAUCUGGUGCAAUAAUUCUCAGCUUCCAGUUGAUCACAUCCUGGCAGGCUCCUUUGAAACAGCCAUGCGGCUUCUUCACGACCAGGUGGGGGUGACCCAGUUCGGCCCCUACAAGCAACUGUUCCUGCAGACAUAUGCCCGCGGCCGUACCACCUAUCAGGCCCUGCCCUGCCUGCCCUCCAUGUAUGGCUAUCCUCAUCGCAAUUGGAAGGAUGCAGGCCUGAAGAAUGGUGUGCCGGCUGUGGGCCUGAAGCUUAACGACCUCAUUCAGCGGCUGCAGCUCUGCUACCAGCUCACCACAGUCGGCAAGUUUGAGGAGGCUGUGGAAAAGUUCCGUUCCAUUCUUCUCAGCGUGCCUCUUCUUGUUGUGGACAACAAACAGGAAAUUGCAGAGGCCCAGCAGCUCAUCACCAUCUGCCGUGAGUACAUCGUGGGUUUGUGCAUGGAGAUAGAAAGGAAGAAGCUGCCCAAGGAGACUCUGGAACAGCAGAAGCGCAUCUGUGAGAUGGCGGCCUAUUUCACCCACUCAAACCUGCAGCCUGUGCACAUGAUCCUGGUGCUGCGUACGGCCCUCAACCUCUUCUUCAAGCUCAAGAACUUUAAGACAGCUGCCACCUUUGCUCGGCGCCUAUUGGAACUGGGGCCCAAGCCAGAGGUGGCUCAACAGACCCGCAAAAUUCUGUCUGCCUGUGAGAAGAACCCCACGGAUGCCUACCAGCUCAAUUAUGACAUGCACAACCCUUUUGACAUCUGUGCUGCAUCCUACCGGCCCAUCUACCGUGGAAAGCCAGUAGAGAAAUGUCCGCUCAGCGGGGCCUGCUAUUCCCCUGAGUUCAAGGGUCAAAUCUGCAAGGUCACUACAGUGACAGAGAUUGGCAGAGACGUCAUUGGUUUAAGGAUCAGCCCUUUGCAGUUCCGUUGAGGCCCCCUUUGGUGUGUGCAGGUCAAUCACCAUAUUUUCCUCCGGAGAAGCAGCAUCUCUGUCCUUCUAGCGCCUUCUUCCUCAAUUACCCUUCAAAUUAUUGACAUUUAGAUCACCUGCUCUAAGUCCUAGUAUCCCUUUCUCGUCUUCUAUGACUAAUCAAAAUGUCUACACUAUUUGUCAUUGUCUCAAGGUGACUACAGUUAUGAUCACAGUUGGUCUUGCCUUCCCGGCUUAGAUCUUUCAAGGAAUAAAUGAAGACUCAGUGAUGCGCAUUUGCUUACUAAAUUCCUUCAGCAUUUAUUCUUUCCCUCCCCAUCACCUUUGUAUCUUCUUUUGAAAAGAAGCAGGGUGUCAUAAAUAAAUAAUAUCCCAUCUUUUGCUCAGCCACAGCAAACUCUUGCCAUCCCCCGUUUAUCUUGGACCUUCCAGGCAGGUACCCUCUGUGUGCCCAGAAACUUUAAAAUGUGAGAAGAAACUUGUUUUCCAAAAAUGCAUAUCACCUUUUAUUGAUUUGUUCUCUAUACCCAUUGUUCUUGUGUUUUGUUUCUCAUCCUUAAUAAAUUUCUUAUGAGAAUUUUGUGACCCCAUUUGUUUCUCAGACACCCUCAUGUUCCUAUUCCAUGUAGCUGCCUCCCCAAAGUAGAUAGCUUUUUUUAAUUAAAAAAGUAAUAAAUGCCCAUUUUUAAAGCAUAUAUUAUUCACAUAUUAAACUGAGAGUGUAGAAAACAAGUAGCUCCCCUGUUCCAUUACUGAGGGCAGCCUUCCCCCUUUUGCUAGUUACAGCCAGUACCUACUGAGCUGUUCUAGAUGUUUUACAGGUUAUUCAUAUGUGUAUAUUAAUUAGUAAUACAAUACGUUGUAUUAUCUUACAGUGGUUACAUUGGCAAUACAGUAGUUUGCUUGUGGCUUUAAGACUACAGUUGGGGGAUCCCUGGGUGGCUCAGCGGUUUGGCACCUGCCUUUGGCCCAGGGCACGAUCCUGGAGACCCGGGAUCGAAUCCCAUGUCGGGCUCCCGGUGCACGGAGCCUGCUUCUCCCUCCUCCUGGGUCUCUGCCUCUUUCUCUCUCUCUCUGUGUCUAUCAUAAAUAUAAAUAAAUAAAUAAAUAAAUAAAAUAAGACUACAGUUGGAUAGAGUUGAUAUAUUGUGCCUGUGAUUACAGUUUGUACCUUUUUUCAUUUUAAACUCAUGUUUUCAAUAAAAUACAUUCAUCUAAUUCAAAACUCA